UCAUGGCGCCUGUGAAGAGACCUCACGAUGUCAUCUCCAUCCACUCAGAUCAUAGUGAGGACCACUUGGAGAGAUUCGGACGACCACACAAGAUGGCACGCCAUAACGAAGCGCAUCUGGCACCAAACUACGACCUGGACGACUGGAUUGCGCAGAACAACAUGCAAGGACCUAUCCAUACUGGUCCAGUCAAGGACGAGCCCAAUUCUGUCCUACAGGCUCAACCAGGCGCAUUCGCAGCUAUCCCUCAAUUCAUGCAGAGCAGCGACCACGACUUUGGCCCACCCUUCGAGUACAACUUUAACGAUCUUCCACUCUCUUACGAGGAGGCUCCUGAUGCUCGAGACGAUCCCAUUUUGAUCACUGACACUGCGCCGACCCCUGAGCGCAGCCAGCUCGACCAAGUUCUCGAUAUCGUACCCGAUGUUGCGCAUGAUCAUGUCACCGAGUUACUCAACACUCAUUACAACAAUCUCCAGCAAGUCCUGGACAUCCUACUGGACGGCAAAUAUCCCAAGGAAAGUGAGAGACGCGCUGCGGAAGAAGCUGCCAGACAAGCAGCACUGCAUGACCAGAAAGUGGCCGAAGAAGCCGAGAAGGAAAAGUUGCUCAAUCCUGACUGCACUUUCUCGGGCAAGAUGAAGGAUGCUAUGGAAGUCCAGAAGGACAAAAAGCAUCUCUAUCCUACCUACAUGGCUCUCAAUGAGGCAAAGCAUACCGAGCCUUGUCCAUACGGUAAGACUCCCUGGAGACCACUCAAGGACGUCAACUUCGAUCUUCUCCAAGCCACCAGAUCGCACAAGGCCAAUAUCCCUAUGAUCAAGGAACAGUUCGAGUCUGCCAGGAAGGCUGCCAUUGAAUCGAAUUGUCAGCGCCGUAAAAGCAUCGCACAGAAAAUCAAAGACGAAAUCAAGGCCGCCGAAAGAGCCCGCGAGGAAGAGUUGGCCCUGGAGCACGCCAAAGCCAGUGGUACCAUCGUCGAGUGUGCUGCUUGUUAUGAUGAGUACGCUCCCAACCAAGUCGUCACGUGCGGUUCAGCAGAUAAGCACCCCCUUGUCUGUCCUGGUGGUUGCGAUGGCACAUUCGCUGAACCUCAACUUCGCCUCGUACCAAACACCGAUAAACUUACGGACAAACUCAUGCGCCUCCGUCAGGAGCACGAUCUUCGCACUGCAGGUAUUGACGAUGUCGAGAGCUGCCCCUUCUGCGACUUCAAGACUGUGUGCUUGCCUGUUGACAUCGAUUUUGAGUUCCACUGCCAAUCACCAACCUGCAACAUCACCAGCUGUCGCAAGUGCAAGGAGAAGACGCAUAUUCCUGAUUCUUGCGAGGAGAAUCAGCGCAAGCGCGACAAAGACAACGCUCUCAGCCACCGUCACAGAAUCGAAGAAGCCAGAAGCAAGGCCCUCAUCCGCAACUGCAACAAGUGCAACCAAGCUUUCAUCAAAAGCGACGGCUGUAACAAAAUCACCUGCAGUCAUUGCGGCAACCUGCAGUGUUAUCUUUGUGGUGUGGACGUGACUGCUAACUACGCUCACUUCCAUGCAGCGGACUCAAAGUGCAUCUUACAUGAUGGGGAGUUCACCCUCGAGGCCAGACACGCACAAGAGGUCAAGGUGGCCGCCGAGACUGCACAGGCAGAGGUUUUGCGAGAGCAUCCCGAGAUUGACGCAGAGGAUCUCGCCAUCGAGACUGCUGCCAAAGCACAAGAGCCAAAGCGUAACGAUAUGCUGCAAAUGGUGGUCGAUGCAGGAGAUGUGGCUCGUGAUCGCCGUCGUCGAGUCCUGCCACCUGUUCAAGCUGCUGAGAUGCCAGGUGUUGAUCAGUUUCUUGUCCCUCGUAAUCAACCACCUCUUAUAGCUGGUGGAUACAGAGCCGCUUUGGAUCCCCCUGCCGCUGUCCGGGCUGCAAGACACCGUCCAGCCGCGAUCCCCGCCUACAACCCCAACGCACAACAACCCGCCCCAGCUCUCCUCGGAUUCCAAGAUCCUGCCCUCGGUCAAUUCGACUUCGACUUUGACGCUCAAGCAGGCGCAAACAUUCCCGGACGCGAUCAUAACUACCACAACGGAGACUGGCAUCAGGGAUUCCACCUAGGAAAUGUCAACGCUCUUGAUUUUGAGCAUUUCAUGUUGAACAACCAUGUUCAACAGCCUCAGGUCAACAUGGCUCCUCCAUUCCCCGGUCCAGCCUUGGCCCCGGCCCCUGGUGCUCAUAAUGUCAACAACCAGGGCAACAACUUCAUAGGCCGUGUUUACGACAGGGGCUUUGAUGCUGGCUAUUGG